AUGGCAGUUAAUCAAUCAAUUAACAACUUUACACAACUUACAAACUAUCCCACUACCACCACCACCACCACACCAAUAUUAUCUUCACAUGUGAAUUCAAAAAAUGAAAAAGAUAAAGUAAAAGAGGUAGGAAAAACCAUUUCCAAUUAUAAUUAUUCUGGUGAACUAUUCAAUAAUUAUAAUCAAAUUAAUCCAUAUAAAAAACAAAAAAUAAGUGAUGAUGAUGGUGGUGGUGGUGGGUAUUUUGGUUAUCCAAUGGAACAUCCAGAAUGUCAGUCAUUUAGUUUUCAAGAAUUGGUAUCCCCUGAUCAAAAAUAUGUUUUUCUGUUUUCUCCUUUUGUAUCUGCUUCAAAUUUAAAUAUCAAGAUAUCAGAUGAUGGUAAAGAAGGAACAACCACAUUCUCAUAA